AUUACAUUCGCGAAUCUGUAAAUGAUAAUUCAAUACGAGAGACAAUUCUCGGUUGCGAUUGGACGACCUAUAUGCUACACCGUUCCUAUAUAAUCGUUCAUUGGUCUACUGUUCUCUUGUUCAUACAUCUAGUUGUUGGUUUACCUUCAUUGCUGGCAUGAUCUCCCCUAAGUUUAUUACCAUUUUCGGUGUUGUGAUGUCAAUUGCCUAUGUAAGCACUGACAGUGCUGGGGUAGUGGAGAUGCCCGAUGGUUUGGCAUAUGGUGGAAUUCCCUACGGCAGUGUAACUGGUAUGCUGGCCAAAUAUCGAAACCCCAUGGCAGUUAGAAAUUACUAUAAAGAAAUUGAUCAAUACCCCUACCGAGAAAGACCGCAACCUCAAGCAUCAUCGCCCAUCAUCGUAACACCUAAUUUCCGUGCCGCAGGGCUUGCUGCAAGGAGCACUGGACCCGUGCAAAUCUACAAAUUACCCGGUGUUAUCGCACCUGGCGUCGUUGGAGCAAUCGGUAUCGUUCUGAUACCCCUUACUAUCUCUAUAUUCGCUAUGCGAAUCAUUAAGUUCAAGUUGUACGGCACAAAUACGGUUUUGGAAAUUUUCACGUUAAAACGGAAUAUAAUAAUAAGAAAAAGGAAUUCAUUUUCCGAUAACCCUGCACGGAAAGUUCGUCCUUUAUUGUCUGGAGAACGACAAAAAAAUGGACACUUUCCGCCUUAGGAUUAGAAAGCUGCUCUUAAAGACGAACGGUCUUGGCGUCUUGAAGGGCAGGAAGUCCUUACUUCCGGCUCUUUAAACAACAAAAUACAAAAUUUUCUUUGCAGGCGCGUUGUAAAAACAAUUAUAUUUCCAUUUUCAGUAACCAUUGAUAGACAGCUAAUAAACUGCCGAAUGGAUAUUAGUAAAUCAAUAAACUAUGAGCAUUAUUAAAUUGAAAAAAAAUUCUAUUAAUUUGUAUGAAAUAUUUGUCAAUAAA